AUGCGCGACUCCGCUUGGAGUUUAGAGCCGCGCAGCAACAGCGCGUUCACGCGAAAUCUCAGUUUGAGAGUGUGGUUCACGCCACGACACAAGUAUCGCUUGGCAGAAUGAGGUGGCGCUGAGCCAGUGGGUCUGUCAGUCAGUGUCAUCAUGAGUGGGAAGAGCCUGCUGCUGAAGGUGAUCCUCCUUGGCGAUGGGGGAGUGGGCAAGAGCUCCCUGAUGAACCGCUAUGUGACGGACCGCUUCGACUCGCAGUCCUACCACACCAUCGGCGUGGAGUUCCUCAACAGGGACUUGGAGGUGGACGGCCGCCUGGUCACCCUGCAGAUCUGGGACACGGCUGGGCAGGAGCGCUUCAAGAGCCUGCGCACUCCAUUCUACCGGGGUGCAGACUGCUGCUUGCUGACCUUCGCCGUGGAUGAUCUGCAGAGUUUCCGCAACCUGGGCUGCUGGAAGAAGGAGUUCAUGUACUACUCAGACGUGAGGGACCCGGAGCGCUUCCCCUUCGUGGUCUUGGGCAACAAGGUGGACAAAGGCCCGGAGAGGGAGGUGGGGGAGGAGGAGGCGCGAGCCUGGUGUCAGGAGAACGGGUGCUGCCCGUACUUCGAGACCAGUGCCAAGGACGAUACCAACGUGGGUGCGGCGUUUGAGGCGGCUGUGCGUGAGGUCCUGGCAGGGGAGGAGCAGCUGGACCACGCGCUACUCAGCAGCGCCAUCGAUCUCCAUGGCAACCGCAAGGCCCCGCGCUCCUCCUGCUGCUGAGUCCGAUUGCUUCCCCCCACCCCCCCCACUCCCGGCUUACAUAUCCGCUUGCGUCAUGUGAGCUUGAGACCAGCCUCUGAGCUGCUGCCAGGGGUGGUUCUGAGGCGUGAUCCGAACGGACUGUUGUGCGCCUGGUACCGGUUUCUCCGUGUCCAGCGGGAUGUGGGGUCUAGCACAAACUGCGCCCUUUUGUCUCUCUUGUCAGCCUCCCAAAUGCCUGUGGGGUUGAAGGCAGUGGCAGUGGUAGUGUUGGUGGGGGGGGUUGCAGGUGGGGGGGGGGUUAUUUAACACGCUGGUUUCUCACUCUCCAGUGCUGUGAUGCUGCCUCCUUGAAAAAGCACCGCUUGGCAGAGGAACACCGAAUGGUUUGCAUUCUCAUUUUUAGAUUCCCUUUAAAAAGUGGUCUUUGAAAUUGAAAUAAUAUUGCCUCAGCCUGACAGAUCACCUGUCUGUUCAUAGGACUGUCAUUUUUCUGCAGGUGGUGGGCGGGGCGGACAUAAAGAGAAGUGAAAGUGGUGAGCUGCCUCUGUAAUCCUGCGCUAAGGGUGACUUGGUUGCCAUGAGUUUUGUUUAGUAAUCCGUAGCUGCGUCUGCGCCUGUUCGUGACUCAUUUAAUGAUGGAAAUCAGUUAACUAUGAAGAUACUGUAUUUAUACUACACUUGUUUUGCGUUUUUGGGUGUUAAUUGGGGAAGUGUGGGAAGGUGACAUUUUUCGGGGACAUAUUUGUAAUUGGGCCCCUUUACUCUUAUUUUCAAAACAUCAUAAAGUGAAGAAAGCGAAGGUAUUUCUUUCGAUAUGUCUACUCCGAUGUUUCCUUAAGAUUUUUUUGCUGCAGCAUGAGUGCUUUUUGCUGCUUGCAUGGCAGGGUGUGGCGGUGUGUGCCGGUCUGAUUGUGAGUGACAGACAGGGGCAGCGGGGUAGGAUGUAAUGGGGUUCAGCGAGGUUAGGAGCUGCACUGCGGCUUGUUGUAAGGCACAUUCUCCCGGCUGCUGCUCUCUCACGGCUCCUGGUUACAAGCGCGUUUCUCUCUCUAAACGCUGUACCACUUCACCAUCUUUCCCCUGUGCUGCUACAGAUCUUUUUCCCCUCGCUGUACAAAGAUGCUGUUACAAAUGUCGGUUUGUGUGUCGACACGCCCAUCGAGCCGAUGCCCGCAGAUGUAGCAAAUGGUGACAUAGUGUGAAUUGGAGCAGCAGAGAAGCAGGUAGCAUAGUGUAUAUAAAAACCAAGCCCCAGGAGAAGGUACUUGAUCUGAAUUGCAUCAGAAAAUGUUCAAUAUGUCUGGGUGAAAAAUGAAAACUUACCUCUGUAAUUUUAACUACAGUAUUGUAAUGAAAAGAUUCAACCUUGUUUGUUCAUAAAACAAAGUAUGGAAACCUUGUACAGUAGAUUUAUGUGACUGGGCAUUUUUAGGCAUGAAGGGACCUGUAAAAGCGAAGGGUAUGAUGCAAGUGUUUGGUUCACUCUGGGUUAGGUCAGCCGUGCUGUGACAGAGGAUUUUGAUUGGUUGACAUAAUUGCAUCCAUACAGCUUGAGCCACUGUGAGAUGUGGUGAGGACCAGUAUUACACAAGUAUUAGGAUCUGACUAAAAGCAUGAUGGACCAUUGCGUCCAUUAAGUUAAUGGAAGGAGCAGUGUGGUAUAGCAGUUAUGGGACUGUACUGCAUGUAGAACGUGUGCAAGCUCAGGUCUAGGGGGCACAACUAUUGCACCCUAAAAGGCACUUAAAUUUCUUCAUACAUGAAUAAAAUAUAAAUGUAAAGGGAAAAUGUAUGUAUGAAUUGUAAACCUGUAAAUAUUUUCUCUUUACGUGACGUGAGCAAGAAAAUAAUUGAAAUUAAAUUAAAUUAAAGAUGGUACAGAAAUAAUGGUACUUCAUGUGGGUGUGCCAGUUGUCUGGUUUUCCAUGUAUUCUGGAAGACCUUUCAUCAAGGUGACGUUUCCUAUGUAAAAGGGGAUAUGAGGUUCAGUGCCACGUUUGGGUGACGUCCUCCAUCACAUGAGCAACUGGAUGUGUUUGCAUCGUCACGUAUGACUCUGCUUGCUAAUAGCAGUGUUAUCUUGUGGUUUCUUUUGGUUUUAGGGUGGUGUUCGCUAAGCCAACGGGUUUAUUUUAUGAGUUCAUUAAUUCCCUUCUAUUGUAGGUACAAAAGCAUUGCUUUGCUUUAAUGAAGUGCAUUUCUCUUACGCUUCACCAUCUUUAGUAUUGACUUUUUGUGUGGGUCUGUAUAAAAGUUUGUGUUUUCCCUUGUUACAGUUAAACGUUUGGCGUGUGCAGGUUACUGGCGUCAUGUACACUGUGAAGAGGAGGGAGUACGUGAUUAAAAGAGGUUAUGACAGAUAUGCUUUUGGAAAUUAAAUGGAAUAUAGUGAUGGUAUGUUUCACUUUAAUACUGUGAUAAUUGUCAUGGAUUCAGUGUUACGGAUGUCACUGGUUACUUGUAUGAGUUGCCUCUGUAUUAAAGGGUACAUUGGUUCAGUGUUUACUUGAAUUUAUGGAAACAAAUGAGGCAGUAAUGGGUCUUGUUACUUAUUCUGUAUAAUGCUUUGUAAGUUGUAAAUAUCCCAGUAAUAAACUGAACCUAAAUAUACAAAUUAACAAUGCAAUUGUGAAGACUUGAAGUACAUAUAAUGAAAUCUUGUGAUUUUAUGUACCAUAUAUGUAAAAGAUUUCCAUGUUUUUAUUAUGGCAGUGAUAAUACUGUAGCAUUUUGUCCCUUCAAAUGCAUUUUUCCAUUAUACUACAGUUGCCUAUGUGUGAAGCACCUAAGAAAGAAGUUUACAGUUGUGAAAUUGGUACCAUGAAGCAUUACCCCACAAAACUGAAUUGCUGUUAAACUUUCUGUGGAUCAUUUCAGGGGGGUAGAAAUAUGUGCUCUGUCACACGGAGUCUGAGACACAUUCAGGCUGUUUACAAACCAAACUAAAUAAAUGAAAUGAAAGUA